AUGUAAUAUGAAAAUGAUCCUAUUGAUAGAGACACCUUAAGAAGAGAUCAGUAACUAAAUAGUUUUUUGUCUAAAAUCCGUGAGCAAGUCAUGAAAGGUUAUGUGGUAGAAGUUAAAACAAGAGCCAACACUUAACAUUAAGUAAAAAUAUUGAUCAAAUUAGUUAGAAAAUAACUCAAAGUAAAGUUCUGGGCUUUCAUCUAGGAGCAAUUCUUUGAUUAAAGAAUUAUAAAGGAUCUAGACGAAAUUAUAAUAUAAUCUGAACGUGAUAACUAAUAAACUAUUCGAUUAACCAACUCAUAUUGUUAAUCUCCUCCGAAGGUUAAGUGGGAAAUUAUGAAACCCAUUGUUUUGGAUGAUCAUUUGUAAUCUGAGCAAACAUUUCAAUCCGUCCCAAGUAAAUUAGAUAUAAACAGUCCUCUUUAUUAAAUUAAUAAAUAAUUAGAAGAGAUUGAGACUAAUUAGGAAACUGGAAAUUGCGUUGAGUUUAUUAAAAUACUAAAGCAAAUAUCUCUUGACUUAAGAGAACAUAUGAAAACAAGCGGAGAUUCUAAAAAUUAAUAAAUUGUUAACGGAAUCCAAAUGGUCAGAACGUUAUGCUUACUAACAAAAUUUUAUAAGUAAAUAGCUGAUUUCCAGCAUGCAAUCAGGUCACUUAAAAAAAUAAAGAAGUUUUUUUUAAUUACUGAUCCCAAUUUAGUAGGAAAAAUAUAGAUUGAAUUGGGAAAAUUAUACUUUCUCAAUCAAUCAUACGAUAUUUCUUAGAAAACUUUUUAUGAGGCUCUCUUGCAUUAUGAAAAGUUGUAAUGGAAAUCAGAAAUAUCAUCCAUUUUAUUAUGGAUGGCUAAAAUAAAUUCCAUAACAAAAAACUUUGAAUCUGCUAAAAAAUUGGUUUAUGGAGCCAUCUCAAUUUUAAAAGAGUAUCUUCAAGAUGAUGAUGAAUAAAUUGCUGAAGCGUACAUUAUUUUAGGGGAAUGCAGUUACUUAGCCAAAAAUUAAGAACAAGCAUUGGAAUUUCUAAAGAAAGCAAUUUAGAUGAAGUUUAAAAAGUAUAACACCUACAAUCACAUACGAUUUGUAGAGGCUUACAAUUUGGUUGGUUUGACAUAUGGGUUGGUUCCUGACAUUUAAUAAUCUCUUAAAUACUUCAUAUAGGCUUUAUAAUGUUUUUAAUAUAACUGUGUUUAGAGAGCUUAAAUUCUUAAUAACAUAGCUGUGAUUUAUCAAUCUUAAGGUGAUAUAGAAAAAGCUUAAAAAUGCCAUAUCAAAGCAAAAGAAAUCUAUACUACUUAUUUACCAAACAAAAAACAUCAUUAAAUGGAGAGAUUACUCUUAAAUCAAACAAGUCUAUCUCGUUUUUAGGGUAAUAGUUAAUAAUGA